AUGGCCAACCUCACUCCAACCCUAAAGUGCAUGUGCACAAUAACACUCUUCAUUCUCUUCCUCCUCUCUUACACAGUUUCUUCUUCAUUUUCUUCUUCUCCUUCGUCCUCACGCUACUCCACCCUAGCAGAGAUCCAGCACCGAAACCCUUCUCCAACCAUCACCCCUUCACAACACUACCAAAUAUUCUACCUCAAGAACACUCCCCACACCACCCCUUUGCCCAAACAAGAACGCCUCAAGAAGAGAAGAACAAGGAGAAACAAGAACACGAUGAGGCACAGAAAGAAGAUAGUGUCCAAGAACAUGCACCAGUCACGUGACUCGCAACGUUUCUCUGUCAUGCUCCCAAAGGGUUAUGUCCCUCCUUCUGGCUCCUCACCUUGCCACAAUGAUCAACCCAAUACGGUGUCUUCCUCCUUCCACUGCCAUCUCAGUACCACUGCACAACCUUGA